AGAGAAAUGAACCACACAGUGAUCACAGAGUUUGUCCUCCUAGGCCUCUCUGAUGAUCCUAAUCUUCAGAUUGUAAUUUUCCUGUUUUUACUUGUGACAUAUAUAUUAAGUGUUGCUGGAAACCUGACCAUCAUCAUCCUAACCCUGCUUGACUCCCAUCUACAGACACCUAUGUAUUUCUUUCUCCGGAACUUCUCUUUCUUAGAGAUAUCAUUUACAACGGUAUGUAUCCCAAGAUUUCUGGGAGCAAUUAUCACAAGGAAUAAGACUAUUUCCUAUAAUAAUUGUGCGGCACAGCUAUUUUUCUUUAUUUUCAUGGGGGUGACUGAAUUUUACAUUCUAACCGCUAUGUCCUAUGACCGCUAUGUGGCCAUCUGCAAACCCCUUCACUACACAACCAUCAUGAGCAGGAAACUCUGCACCCUGUUAGUGUUGUGUGCAUGGGUGGGUGGAUUUCUGACCAUUUUCCCACCACUUAUGCUUCUCCUCCAGCAGGAUUACUGCGCUUCCAAUAUCAUUGACCACUUUGCUUGUGACUAUUUCCCUCUUUUACAACUAUCUUGCUCUGAUACAUGGCUCCUAGAAGUAAUUGGCUUUUACUUUGCUCUAGUUACUUUGCUCUUCACUUUGGCAUUAGUCAUUUUAUCUUAUAUCUACAUUAUAAGAACUAUUUUGAGAUUCCCAUCUGCUAACCAGAGGAAGAAGGCCUUCUCCACUUGUUCUUCUCACAUGAUUGUCAUUUCUAUUUCUUAUGGGAGCUGUAUAUUCAUGUACGCCAAUCCUUCUGCCAAAGAAAAAGCAUCACUGACAAAAGGAGUAGCUAUUCUCAAUACUUCUGUCGCACCCAUGCUGAACCCUUUCAUUUAUACCUUGAGAAACCAGCAAGUAAAACAAGCCUUCAAAGAUGCAGUCCAUAAAGUAGUUUUUUUCGGCCAAUAAGUGA